AUGCUGACGAGCGCCUUCUGGCACGGUGUUCAUCCGGGCUACUACCUCGCCUUCCUGGCCAUCCCCUUCGCCAUGCUGGCCGAAGAGGGCAUCGCCACCACAGUGGUCUUCUUCUUUGGUUGUUCCCUGCCGCCCGGCACGGUCUCCUUCUUCCGCUGGCUCUUCAAGAUGCGCACCUUUGAUUACUUUGCCAUGGCCUUCCUCCUGCUGGACGUACCCAGCAUUCUGACGUAUUGGGCCAGCCUCAACUUUGUAAUGCACUUCCUGAUUGUGGGACUGGCGGCCCUGCAGUUGCUCCUCCACCGAUUCGUUUCCCCGCUGGCGCUGAAAACAGUGCUGUAUCCUGCGGGACCGCCGAAACUGCGAGCCUCCUACAAGAUACACAAACUGGUCGAGGAGGAGGAGGACGAAGGAGCCUCGAAGGCCAGUGAUUGGACGGCCAACAACUCCUAUGGCAAUUCAGUAGGUACCAAACAUCAUGGCGACAAUCUGGUGGACCACAAUUACUUGUAG